CACACAAAGUUUGUACAGCACUUUAACGCAGCAGUGAUCAAGCUAACGUUCUGUUAGCUUCUCCAGUAGUGUAGUGCUAUGAGUUGAGCAAGGCUUAACCGAGUGCUGGGAAUGCAGCCACCUCUGCCACCUGAGGCUGUCAGAGAGCUGGUGAGCUCCUGUCUGCACAGAGAUCCUGUAGCUGCAGACUUACGGUGCAGCCUGUUUGUGGCUGCAGCACAGAGCUACAAGAGGGACUCUUUGCUCAGACCCUUCCCUCCUCACUACACAAGUGGUGACAUUAAGGACUUUGAGGGGCUGUUGGGAGAUAUAAACUCCCUGCCUGGCGUAAGAGAUUUGGUGAGGUUACGGCCCAGUGAAGGAGAUCAUCAUCUGGCCCUGAUACACUGGAUUCUCUCCUCAAGGAGCUUUGCUGUGAAAACCCUACAAAAGGAUGAGUAUGCCAAACUCUGUAAGUUAACCGAAAAUGAGGGGAUUUCUGCACCUGUACCAGACUUCCUGUUUGAGCUGGAGUACUCCGAUCACUUGAACACCAGGUUUGAGAAGAUGAGAGAAGGACGAGAUGUCUUCUAUGCAUUCCAUGGGAGCCGUCUGGAGAACUUUCAUUCAAUCAUUCACAAUGGGCUACACUGUCACCUCAACAAGAACUCUGUGUUUGGAGAGGGGACCUACCUCACCAGUGACCUCAGCAUGGCCGUUCUCUACAGUCCCCACAGCAGCGGCUGGCGGGAAAGCAUCCUGGGUCCUCAGCUCAGCUGUGUUGCCUUGUGUGAAAUUAUUGAUCAUCCAGACGUUAAAUGCCAGGUGAAGAAAAAAGAUUCCGAUACUAUUGACAGGCAGCGCUCCCGAGCCAAGAACAGCGAAGGCGGCGAUGUUCCGCAGAAAUACUUUAUAGUCACCAACAAUCAGCUUUUACGAGUCAAGUAUCUGCUUGUCUACUCUCAGGGGAAACACCUGGCCAGGAGCUGAAGCUGAAGGGAAAACAUGUAGCAAAUGGCCCGAGACCGGGAAUAAAACCCAGGAUAACCGCGUCGAGGACUAAAGCCUCUGCACCUGGUGCACCUGCUCUACCAACUGAGCCACCCAACACCUCGUUUUCAAUAAAUCUGAUUAAAAAAACUGUUGGCACUUCUUUUAUUUUCUGACAGAACCAUGUCUUGUUAACCCUAAUAAACUCUGGAUAAUGUCGUGAAAUCAGCGGUUUGCAGAUGCAUGCGUCUACGCAGUUAAAAGGAGAUGAAAGCAAAUGCAGGCUUUUGUUUUGGCUUUAAAACAAAUUCCUUCUUGCGAAAUCCUUUAGAUAAACUGCUUCUCUCCUUCAGAAGCUGCUCACUCUUGAAGGCCAGAGAACAAAUACCCAUUGUUGGUCCACACUUCAGUCCUUUUCCUCAUUAUCGCUGCCUCAUAAACCAUCUGUUAUUCAAUAACUACUACCUGUGUGGGGGCCAGCCAUGGUAGAGGGGACUUGCUUUUGAACUGAAAGAAACCCCGACCUAAUGAAAUGGGAAAUGCUAGAUCAGAGGUGAGGCACACAUGCUGGUGAAUUGCUUUGGUUUGUUUUUAAAUCGGCAUACAUGUGUUGUAGUUUCACUCCUCAAGUUUUCAUUCUUUUAUGAUGGUUUUAAAAAGUGGUCAAUUGUUUCUCUCUCACCAUUAAUGUGACAUUUAUUCUGUUCAAUUCAAUGCAAAGUGAAAAUGCUGCAAUAACCUGGUUGCCAACUGUACACAACCUUAAACUAAAUCCCCUAUUCAUUUAAAAACACCAUUCAGUCUUUGAUAAGAGUCUAUGAGCUUACUACAUCCUCACUCAAUAAUAUUUGGCCAUUCUACCUGGACAAAAACUGUCCAAACCUAACAGACCGAUAAGGACAUCUCUUGUCCACACUUUUAGUUCUAGUCUCAUGCAAGCCUUUUCAUAACUUUGAUUAUCAUUUGAAGUCCUGCGUUUGUUGAUUUGGCUGCACACUGAAGCAGAAUAAAGUAAACCUGAAAGUUUUGGGUCAACACUGA